GAAGGACAAGGAGGAGGGAAGAGGGACAAGGGGGAGGAAGAGGACAGAGGAGGAAGACAAGGAGGGAGGAAGAGGGAGACAAGGAGGAGGAAGAGGACAAGGAGAAGGGAGGACAAGGAGGAGAAAGAGGACAAGGAGGAGGAAGAGGACAAGGAGGAAGAGGACAAGGAGAAGAGGGACAAGGAGGAGAAGGAGGACAAGGAGGAGAAAGAGGACAAGGAGAAAGAGGACAAGGAGGAGGAAGAGGACAAGGAGGAGAAAGAGGACAAGGAGGAGAAAGAGGACAAG